AUGCAGGGCAAGUCCAUUCAGUCGAUCACCGGCCGCCCCAUCCUGGUAACAGGGGCGGCCUCCGGGCUCGGGGCCGCCACCGCACGCUUUCUAGCGCAGAUGGGCGCCAAGGUGACGCUGCUGGACCGCAACACUGCGCAGGGGGAGCAGGUGUCGAAGGAGAUCAACGGAAAGUUUGUUGCCACAGAUGUCUGUAGCGAGACCGAGGUGCAGGUGGCCAUCAAGGCAGCGGAGGAGUUCGCCGGCAAGCCGCUCUUCGGCGUCGUCAACUGUGCCGGCAUCUGCCCAGCGGCGAAGGUCGUAGGCAAGAAGGGCGCUCACUCCCUCGACCUCUUCAGCAAGGCUGUGCAGGUAAACCUCAUUGGUACGUUCAACGUAUGCCGGUUGGCCGCCGAAGCAAUGCAGAGAAACACCGCGCAGAUCGGCGCUGAUGAGGACCGAGGCGUUAUUGUGAACACCGCGAGUGUGGCGGCCUACGAGGGUCAGAUCGGCCAGGCCGCCUACGCAGCCAGCAAGGGCGGCAUCGUGAGUCUGACACUGCCGUUGGCCCGCGAGUUUGCUGGGCAGCGCAUUCGCGUCAACACCAUCUGCCCCGGCAUCAUGGAGACACCACUGCUCCCGCCCGACUUGGGUGCGGCGCUAGGGGCGACUGUCCCGUACCCGCCCCGUCUUGGCAAGCCUGAGGAGUUUGCGCACCUGGUCUUCUUUCUCUUCUCGAACCGAUACAUGAAUGGCGAGUGUGUUCGCCUUGACGGGGCGACCCGUAUGACGGCCAAGUAG